AUGCCGCCGCCUGCGCUCCGCCUUAACGCAGUCGCCUUCGUGUCCCCGCACAACCACCCCAUCCUCAUCCGCACCUUCGCCCAGCCCCGCGCCGACGAGCUCAAGUACCACUACAUCGCCCACACCUCCCUUGAUGUCGUCGAGGAACGCAUCGCCGCCGCCAACGCGGCCAAGUCGACCGAGUGCUACCUGAGCCUCCUCUACACGAUGGAGGAUGUCGCCGUGUACGGCUACGUCACGCCCCUCCGCGUCAAGAUCAUCAUCGCGCUCGCCCUCACCGACACCGUCGUGCGCGACGCCGACGUCAUCACGAUCUUCCGUGCGCUGCACACCGCGUACCGCCUGUCUGUCGCGAACCCGUUCCUCAAGGCAAAUACCCCGCUGGAGGGCGUAAACGACCACACCGCGAUGCUCAACGCAGGCAGUGCCAAGUGGAAGGGCUUCCGGCGGCGCGUAGACGAAGUAGGCAGGGCCCUUGCGGGCGUCACCACCUCGUCGAGUUCCUCGACCCAAUUCCACUGAUGAUUUCCUCCGGA